CCGCUCAUUUUUGUUGAGCUUUUAAAUGAAAAUUGUUGUUUUGAUUUUGGUGACAAUUAAUUAAUUGGUUUUUUUGUCUAAUUACUUGUUAAUUGUUUAUUAAUUUUGGUUAACCAAUGGACUCUUUUCUUAACCUGAGUCGGGGUAACACUUCAAUUCAAUGGGGACAAUUUAAUGUUCUAGGUGAAAGUGAUCACCAUUUGUUGCAAGCACAUGGAUCAGUGUUACCGGUACUUUUAAUUGAAGCAAUUUCUAGUCAAGUCUCACCUUUCCAGUCGAUUAGUGUUAACAUUGUUAAAGAAGGAUGGGCUUGGUUAGUCUGUGGAAGACGAUUAUUUGUUUGGAAAUAUGUUCAAUCUAAAAAAUCUCGAAUUGAAAGCUUUGAAUUACAAUUACCUGGUAGUGAUUUACUUCAUAAGGCUGACCUAAUUUGUUUGGUCUCUUACAAGUCAACUUAUGUUCCUGGUGUAAUUGCUGUCUCACCUGAAGGAAUCAUCCGUUACUGGCCUUCUGCUGCUCAUGAUGGUCAUUUUAUUGAAAAUGUUGCUAAUGACCUACAAGGUCAAGAAUGCUUUUCCCUUACAGACAUUGAACCUUUUGGUUAUAUUCUUGGUACAACUACCUCAUCUCUACUUCAUAUUCAUAUGACAAGUAACUCAAUUAAUUGUAGAACAUUGAAAAUACCUCAAGGUGUUCUUGCUGGAUUUGGUCAAAGAGUUUCAUCUUUCAUUUUCGGAGCUAUACCACCAUCUUCAUCUAAUGAAAAUAAACCUUUAAUCAAGAUACUCAAGGGAACAAGUUACUUAGAAGAUGCUACUGUCUAUGUUUUAGCUGCUACUUAUCUUCAGAAAUGGACCUUAGUAGAUUUACAAACUGAAAAGCUCAUCUGUGAACACGAUUUAGAAAGUGCUAUCACUGAUUCUUACUUGUCAACUGUCUGGAAUCGGCAAAAAACUAAUCCCAAUCAAUUGCGAAUGUGGGUUAUCGAUAUGGAACGUCAAGAUGAUCUUCUUUUAAUUCUGGUUGCCGCAUUAAAUCAAGUUGUUUCCAAUAAACUAUUCUAUGCUGUUGCAGUAAUAGAUGAAUCAACCAUCACAGCUGAUAAUACAGAGGGUAUUCAAAUUACCAAAUUCACGGUUCUCCGGAGUCACACACCAAGUUACACUAAAUCCAACGAAUCAAAUUUACUUUCACUCAAAAUGAUUACCAAUGUUGAGAGUAAUGAUGUUAUCUAUAUUUAUGAUAAAACCAGAAUCUUCUGUUGUCAAUACAACACUGAUGUUAUUGAUCUAAUAUCUCUCAACAAUCGAGAAAGUCAAAUCCUCGGAGCCGGUGUUUAUCAAGGAAAUCCCCUUCUCUUUACCUCUAGAGACAAUUUGGUUGCUGUUAAACCAAAAGAUAAUAUAACUCAAUUGAUUGAAACUUAUAAAGCAACACCUUCCAUUAUAAAUGCACCGAAAAUGUCUGGAAAUCCGCUUGAAAAUCUACGAUCAGCUUUUCAAAUGUUCCGUCGGAAAGAAACGAGAGAGUGUUCAGCUUAUGUUGCUGCUUUUUUGGCUAAUUUUGAUAAACCCUCAUCAGAUUCGGGUCCUGAUGAGUAUGCUCUUAGUUUAAGCCGUGAACUUUGUGAUGAGAGUCCAUCAGCUGAUCCCCGUUGGUCAGAUAGUUUAAAUUUGAGUCGAUCCAAUCCAAAUGUCAUGUCAUCUUUACUAUUGAAACAAUUGGAAGAAAAACUUGAAGGCCAUCGACAGUUUAUCGAUUUCUUAAAAGUUGUCCGAAUUUGGCCUCAAUUGGCUCUUGUCAAUUACAAUGGUUGUGUUUCGUCAAGCAAAUUAAUCCUCUGUGAACACGCAGAGAAAAUAGUAAUGGCCAUUGCUAUAAAAAAUCUUCAUCAAGAAUUACCUGAAAUUUUAGAUCAAGUUAUCGAUAGACUUUUAGAUUCUCGAGAAGAAGAUACCGAGGAAGCGCAUUUAUCAUCUCAUGAUCGUUUCUAUCGACGAGUGACCACAAUCCAUGAAAUUUUACCGCUAAUUGAAUUUGAAGAAAACGAAUUACUGGAUUGUAUAAAUUCACCUAAAGAUGGAUUAAAAUUGGUUCUAACAAUCAGUGACAUAAUAAUCAACAUAUUCCAAGAUAUUCGUAAAUUUAAAUCAACCAAUUCUGACAUGUAUGAGGUUAGUAGGAACGUUGAAUAUUUACCGUUAACCGCUACCGUUGGACCAAACGGGAUUCGAACUUCAUUUCUUAAACAAUUGGAUGUUUUGGUUAAAAAUUCGGCUCGAACCGAUUCCAUAAUUGCUGGACAAGAUGACGAAGCCCAAUUAAAAGGAAUCAUUUAUCAGAAAAUUGUUGAUAUAAGUGAUAUUAUUUUGGAUGGUUAUGUUACUCAUCUCAAAUCUUUGGAUGAAAAAAGUGACCGAUACAAGUUGAUUGAUAAAAGUUUCGCCACCGAUCGGACAAUGUGUAUUAAACCACUUUUACAAGCUAAACAAUAUGAGCGAGCCUGUAGUUUAGCUGAACGAUAUCAAGAUUUUGAAACUUUAAUCAAAAUAUGUGAAGAAUUGGAUAACAAAUCAAAGCUUAAUCGUUACGUUGAAGAAUUUAGAAAAGGUUUCUCCGAGUAUCUAUUCAAAUGGUACAUGAAGGAAGGUAAACAAGGUAAAAUGUUGACCACUCGAUCCAAAGAUUUGUCCACUUUCCUCAAAGAUUAUGAUGACAUUAAUUGGCUUCACUAUAUUGGCAUCGAAAAAUUUAACGAAGCAGCAAACAGUUUGAUGGUUUUAGCUGCAAAAAAUUCUGAUAAUAUCGAGAAGAGAAAAACUUUACUCAGUUUGAGUAAAUUGUGUUACCUUACCAAUGAUGGUGAUUCGGAACAGGGACAAAUCGAUGAAAUUAACAAACAAUUAGAAGAGAUUUUGGUUGAAGAAGCUGAACUGGUGGAGGAAGCUGAAAAUGAGGAGCAUCUUGUUGGAUAAUCUUCUUGAUCAACAACAAAAUGCAUUCUAAAUUAGUAUUUUCAUCAAUUUUAUAUUCUAAUUGCAACAAAAAAGCAACAAUUCUGUUACAAUAACAAUUAAUAUUCUUGUUUCUUUUUCUCAUAUUUCCAACCAUCAAACCAACUAAAGGAAAACCAUUUAAUCAACAAUGUCAUUUAAAUUUCAUCCCUCAUCUGAAAAUAUUAUCGUUACACAUGAAAAAAAAACACUCACAUUUAUAUUGAUAAACAUUAAAUCAAUGACAUUUUCGA